AUUUUGACAUAAAUGAAGAAGAAAAAAAAAAUGAAUGAGAGGAAUAAUAAUAAGGAAGGCUUGUAUAAUAGUCCCAUCAAUCUCAUCUCUUUUCCAUUUCUCUCCAACUUCCCCUCUCUCUCUCUCUUCUCUCGCUCCUUUAUCGCCGUUUCUGAAUCUGAGUUUUAUCAGUGUCCAUUUCGAUGAAGAAACCGACGGCAGUUACGCAAGACGAGUGGGUGACGGCGGCUCUGACGGAAGACUCUGUGGUGGUGGAGCUUCUUCUUCGCCUCAAGCACGCCGGAACGGUAGAGUCCGCCGCGAAUAUACCUCUGUUACGGUGGGGUUCUCGUAAACCGAGGUCGAGAUUAGGCGUCGGCGCUGGCGUUGGAGGCCUUUUAAAGAAGGAAACGGAUUCGGCUAGAGCCAGUCCUAUGACUCCUCUAUGCUGGAGCGGCGGAUCUGGUAGCGGCGGCUCUUCUUGUCCCUCCGCCGAUGGAUUUGAAGACGCUAGUCGUCAAUCUACAUGCUCUACAUCUACCCGAUACGGAUCUAAGGCGUUACACGUAACAAAUGAAAUCAGCAGCUACAAGAGAUCAAAGAAACAAAAGGUAUCCACUUCUCUCUCUCUCUCUUUCUUUUAUCUCGCACGAUCUCUAUAUCUAAUGCUCUUGGGGAAUAUUCUGCAGAUUUUCUUGGACCUUAAAGAUGCAGAGAACUUUCAGCUGAAGGAAAGACUUAACCUUCAAAAGAAUAUUGCAAAUGUGCAAGCAACAUACGAGAAACGAAGUGCCAAGAACCAAAGCUUGAAGAGAAUGAAGCUUGAGUACUCAGAUCGAAUCAAGAAUAUUCCAAUUAACAGAUCUAAUCUCGACGAGUCCCGGAAAAAGAGGCGGUUACCUUUCUCCAGCUCUCGAAAACCGGUGAAAAACGAACAUUCGUACAGAACAACAAGUGAAACCAAGAGACCUGAAGAAAAGGGUUUCUUCUUCCUCCCUGAUCUGAACAUGACACCCAUAGAGGAAGAAGAGACCUUGUACGGGACGCGUUAAACAAAGAAAGCUUUAACCCACAAUGACGUCACAGGUAAUUACUAGAGAUCAGUGGUGUAGCUUUUUGUCCGUGGACGGAGGAGAUGGGAGUAAGUGAUGAGUUUGCCGACAAAGAAUUCACACUACUCAACAAGGAUUCGAGAAGAUUUUAUAUAAGAAGAUAAAAAGGGAAUGAAACAAUGUAAUAAGAGGAUUACCAAAUAUUAUUCUCGAUUUUAUCUUCUCUGCUUAUGAAAUGAAUUUCUUGGGUAAAACA